UAGAAGACGGGAAAGCCUGGGGAAGCUUCCAUUCCACGCAUGCCUGUGGAGUCUUCUGUGGGCCACACCCUAGGCCAGCAGCUGACAGUUCAAGUGGAGGAUGGCCAGAGUAAGAAAUCUGGGGUGCCUCCUAGGGGAGUGACCUCUGAAAGAGGUGGUGCGGAGCUCCUGUUCGACGGAGUAAAGAAACAUCAGGUCACCUUGCCUGGACAGGAAGAGCCCUGGGACAUCCGGAACCUCCUUGUCUGGAUCAAGAAGAAUUUGCUGAAAGAGCGGCCAGAGCUCUUCAUCCAGGGAGAUAGCGUGCGGCCAGGAAUUCUUGUGCUGAUUAACGACGCAGACUGGGAACUGCUGGGCGAGCUGGACUACCAGCUUCAGGACCAGGACAGCGUCCUCUUCAUCUCCACCCUGCACGGCGGCUAAGGGGCCCUCUCUGUGCCUGGGCGCCCUUGGGGGGCAGAGAAGAGAACAAUCAGACGUCCCCUUGGGCCCUGCUUCCAGGUCUCCCUGUCCCCCUUGUCUGCUUUCUUCCCUGCUCUGUCCCCUGAGCUCCCUCCAGGCAGGGAAAAGAGGCCAGGUGCUAAAAAUGAGCCUUUACUCAGACACGUGGACAGGGGAAGCAGGCUGGCGGGCGGGCAGGCGGGCGCCUGAGCCUGGCGUGCCCUCUCCCAGCAGCUGAGGUGGGGGAGGGUGCCCCUUUGGUUUGUCAGUAGUGGAGGAGGGCUCUGCAGCCAGGUGACCCAGCUGCCUUCCACUCCUGUGUCUCAGUCUAAACGCUGAGUGACCACUGGCAAGGCACUCCAGCUCCCGGUCAGUGUCUUCAUGGGGAAGAUGAAUGGUCCUGAAUGGCUGACGGGAGGCCCCUCCCUUUUCAAACAUUGGAGGAGUUUCGCCUCAGUUUCCCCAUCUGGACAGUAGAGAGCUCUGCCUGUCCCCCACCGAUGUCAUUAUGGAACCCCAGCUGGGGUCCCCUAUUCAGUGCCGACCCCCUCCCCCCCACCCAGCAGCUGCUCUUCCAACCACACUCCUCCUUCUGCUCCCCCCUCCAUCCCCAGCCCUUGACCCUGGCUGGCCUUCCCCCCCACAGGCCACCAGAUGGGCUCCUGAGACCCUCCCCCAGCAAAAGGCUGACUGCAGCUCAUUCUAGAGAGAAGGAGGCAGUAGGCUUAACCUUGGACUGGCGAAUAGAGGCCUGGGAGAGUCAGUGUGCCUCAGUUUCCUCCUCAACAACAACUGAAUAUAGUAUCUGAAAACUGGUGUGACACUUGAUGGCACAAAAGUAGACUUUUAUCUUCCCACCUUCUGCAGGAAGCAGGAUCAGGGCAGGUGGCACCUGGUAGGCAGGAUGGUUCACCGUUCCUCCCCUCAUCCCUUCUGGAAGUCUUGGGGCUUCAGUGUCUGCCACAGCUGGCCUUGGGCAAAUAAAAGACUAGGUUGUUUACUAGCCUUGCCUGGAGCUUUAUCCUUAGAAACCAGUGACACCCCACAUCCUCUCAGCCAUGGUCUCUGGUCCAUCCUCUCUGCCCUCUUAUCUAGGGCUUUUAGAGCUGCCCUUCACCCAAAAAUGGAACGGGGUUGAAACCCAGACCACCCAUCCUGUCUGGGAAGGGGCGAUCUGAUUAGGGCCAUCUGGAGAAGGGGGUGGCAGAGCCAGUCUGUCCUCACCAGUGUGCGUCCCAGGACAUUGCCGUACCCGUCCACGGCUUUGUCCCACUAACUGCAACCAACAGCCCCAGAACCCAGAACAGGAGUGGCACAGAUAAGACUGCUGAGCCCCUCCUUCUCAUGAGCUGGAGAAAAGCUUUGUUUGCUGGAGGGAUAGCUCAAAAAAAAAAAAAAAAUUAGGGCAUUAAUAUCAUCCUGCCCAAAACGUUUUUCAUUAAAUAUCAGUAA